UACUUUUCAUUGGAAGGAGUUCAGUAAAUUCAGCCAAUCAAAAAUCAUGUUUGAUGGAAGUAAAUAGUGAUAAUUCCUAGACUUGCUUUUUAUCAUUAAAAAUGCACUAAUUUUCAUUUAGAUAGAGACAAAGAAUAGAUAUAUACAUAGAAUAUCAAGAUGAGUCGGGGUAGACGGCAAGUUCUUCAACUUAAUGAGCCAACACCGAGAGUUUUGUAUUCUAAUGAGCCUACCAAUGAAAUGGAAGAUGAUGAUGAUGACAGCGCAGGAGAUAUGCCUACACCAGAGCGUCUAGUAACAGAGGAUAUGCUUCCAAACAGACCUGGUCAUAGGAUAGGUCCUGGAGGAAGAUUUGAGAUGGACAAUAAAGUUGCUAACUUCCUAGCUGAGAUAGAUGCUUUAGAUCCUGGGAUUGAUGGCGAGGCAUCAAGGUCACCAGUGUCAACCAGGAACCAGGCACCGUCACCAGUACCGGAACAAAUAUAUACACCUCCCAGGGAGAAAUCUCCUGUUAGAUCCAAACCUAAUGCUUACAGCAAUAUGUUUGUAAAGGGAACCCCAGAGUUUGUGAAGAAACCAGAUGAUGCACAUGAUAGUAAGGGAGUCAAGAAACAAGAACCGUGGCCUGAAGAACCUAAAACAGACUGGCAGCAGCUUACAGAUGAGAAGACAAACUACCCGUAUUACUGGAACAUGGUUACCAAUGCCGUUGUCUGGGACAUGCCGGCAGAAUUCUCGCAGUACUUGUUACGGCAGAAAGAAUAUGAAGAGAAGGUUGAACGAGGGUUAAGAGAGGGAACACUGGAUCCAGAACAGAGAAUAAAAAAACCUGAGGCCCCCGUUAAACAACAAGAGAAAAAAGUUGAAGAAAAGGUAGAGGAAAAGUCUGAAGUUAAAACUGAACCAGAAAGACCGUCAAGAUCACAGAGCAAACAUAGUAGACGUGCAUCCCACAGCGAGGACAGUAGUAGUGACAGUAGUGACAGUGACGGGAGUCAGUCUCGUGUCUCACAUCGUAACACUCGUAAAACCAAUCCGGACAAUCCACCGGAGGUUUCGUCAUCCUCCGCAGAGAGUAGUCGCGCUGCUAGUCAUGAUAAGGCAAAGAGAUCAGCUACCCCUGAACUUCCAGAUAGCACGAAGCCUGAUGCCUCCAGUAAACAAGAAAACAAUGAUGAAAGUAUGGACUUUGAUAUUGAUGAUAUAGACAAGGAACUGGAGAUGGCUCUAGAAAGGAAAAGGCAAGAACUGAUGAAAUUAGAAGACAAGAAGAGUGACAGUAAAACAGACAAAGACAGAUCCUCAAUUAAAGAUAGAAAGAAGGACGAGAGUAGACAUCGUGAUGAUGAUCGGAGAGAAGAUCGACACAGACGGCAUGGGAAACAUCGGGACUCGGACCGGGACAGGGACCGAGACCGGGACAGGAAACACUACCAUGAUAGAGAUGAAAAGAAACCGAAGCUUACUCUGAAAGAGAGGUUAAGAAUUGAAAUGGAGUUAAAGAUGGAAAAGGAGAGAAGAAAAAAACGUGCAAUUGAAGAUUUGAUGGCGCGAGAGCUGGAACAGACAGUUGGCCGGGAUGGCGGCUCCCAGAAACGUCCACGAGACGAGAAACCCAGCAAACGUUACCGUCACGACGAUGAUCGUGGUGAUUACCGAUCACGUGAUGAUUACGGAGAGUAUAGUAGAGAUUAUAACACGUGGGAUGGUCGGGAGGCUGCGUCAUACGAUGAUAGGUUUGUUCCGCCCUCGCACAUGAAGGCACCACCUCCCACAGAUGAGAUGAUAGCCUACGAGGAAGAGAGAAGGUCAAGGGUUGUAGAUUACGGUCACGGUAGAUCGAGUCGGCUCUAUGACAUGAAUGGUGAUUCUGAUACUGAUGAGAUGAGAUCAGCCGAUGCUAGAGAGAUGGAAAUCAAAAAGCUGGAAUCCCUACAACUGGCAGAGUUAGCAUUAAGUAAACUGGAGUUCCUGGAAGUAACAAAGAAAGGACUUUCAAAACUACAAAUUCUUCUUGUUGAACUUGAGACAAGGCACCAAGACUGGCAAGCAGGAGGCCUGACAACAAAUCAUUUCCUCAGCAAAUUAAAGGAAGCUAACUGGCAACUGGAGCAGUACGAGGCCAGUGCUGCACCUGCUGGAUGGGCGUGUUCCUGGGACAGAGAUUACAGGAGGUAUUUCUACACGCACAAGUUGACUGGCAAGAACCAAUGGGAUUAUCCCGAUGCUGAUGACAUCAGAGUGGAGAAUGAGAAAGCGCAAGAUCCGAAGAAGAAGUUUGUGCGCGGGAAAGAAGUUGAGGAGGAGAUCAGCUCAACAAGUGACAAAGGAAAAGGUAGUGGUUUAGAUAAGGAUAUUUUAGCAAGUAUGGCCCUGCCGCCACCUCCGCCACCCCCAGCAGAGGAACAUCCAAGCGUGAAGAGUUUACAGCUGAUGUAUGGUAGUUCUAGUGAAAGUGAUACAGAAGAACCAUCCAGUAAAAAGCUGAAGAAGGAGGUAAUAGAGAAGUCAGAUUUGAACACGGUACCUUUACCACCGGACGAGCCCAUGAAGGACAAAGAGAAGAAGGACAAACAUCACAAGAAAAAGAAGAAAAAAGAGAAAUCAAAAAAGAAAGAGAAGGAAAAAUCUGAUGCAGGGGUGAUAGGCCCAUCUGCCGGUCCUGCUAGUUCCAUCUUUCCUCAGCUGGCGGCUCAGCCUCCCCCACCACCACCCGGAGAGUCGACAGAUAACGUAAGUUCUGACCUCUACAACACGACUACAGCCGAGGCUUAUAUGGCUUCAGGUGGACUUACCCAUCAAAUACCUACAGAGGUAAAUUUAGAAAAAAUGAACAUCGUUUAUUGA